UUCUUGUUUUAAGGAAAGCAGUAAAAAAUAAAAAAUUUUAAAAUGUCUGAUCAAGAGGAUGGAUUAUUUGGUUUUGACUUUGAUGAACAAGAUUUCGUAACGAAACAACCCACCAAAGUACAAGUUGACAAAAUCGAUUAUGAGGCCAAAAUAGAGACAGACGGUUGGUUUCUCCAUUCAGAUAAAAGCUUUGACGACAUUAUGCUGGAACAACACGGACCUAAUCAGAUCAAGAGCAUUAUUGACUAUCACUAUUUGUAUAAACGUUACGAACCAGCAUUGACGGCUGCCCUUGGAUUCAUUAGAGUCGCCACAACCAAUAAAGCAUGUAAAGUCAACGGAACCAAAGAAAUUAGCGAAAUUGCCAUGCAUUGUGCCGCCAAAUUAAACCGUCUGGACAUUCUCAAAGAACUCUUGAAUAACAAAUCGCAUACACAAGAUACUGGAUUGUACUUGUUACGCAUCAAAUUCUUCCCGCUUGUAGGACAAUAUACCGAAGCGAUGGAUGCAUGUAUCACUUACCACAAGGAACGAAAGCUGGAUUAUCGAGUGUGGUCCCAUAUGGCCAAUAUAUUUUUGGGAUCAUUGGAAAGAGAUACACGGACGCAUGAGAAUGAGAUGCGACGCCAUUUAGCCAAGCUUUCAUUGGUGCGAGCCAUUCAUAUUUAUACCAUUAGUCGUUGGAACACACAAGUUGAUUUUGUGAAGCAUCGAUUCCAAGCUGAACUCCAUUUAUUACAAGCUCGCUUAGAAGCGACAGAAGGUGAAGCGGAUAUAUUUGUUGAUUGGAUGGCACAGGGACACCCAAAGAGAGAAGAGGCUGGAUUGGAUGAAUUUAAUUGGCAAGAUAUCAUUUGGAUUUAUAAAGAUUGGGCUCUUCGACAAGAUCUUGAUUUGGAUGAUCAAGUCAAGGCUGUCAAAGAUUUAUAGGAACAGAAAUAGAAAUAAAAAAGGGUUUUUUUUUUAUUUAAAAAGAAAA